GCAUUCUUGCCAGCAUUUGUGUGCUCAUUGAAGGUGUCUCCACUCAUAGAAAAAAUAAGUGACCACAAGGAUUUUAAGAAACUUCUCAGGACACGGAACAACGUACUAGUGCUUUAUUCCAAGUCUGCUGCUGCUGCGGAAAGCUCACUCAGGUUACUGUCCAGUGUGGCCCAGGAGGUGAAAGGACGAGGUACUAUAAGCUGGAUAGACUGUGGUGAUACUGAAAGCCGAAAAUUAUGCAAGAAGAUGAAAGUAGAUCCUAAUUCAAAGGAGAAAGGAGUGGAAUUACUCCAUUAUAAGGACGGUGCAUUCCAUACUGAAUAUAACAGAGCGGUCACAUUGAAGUCAAUGGUGGCCUUUCUCAAGGAUCCAGAAGGUGCUCCACUGUGGGAGGAGGAUCCCGAAGCCAAAGAUGUUGUGCAUGUUGACAGUGAAAAGGAAUUGAGAAGGCUGCUGAAGAAGGAAGACAAACCCCUUCUGAUGAUGUUCUAUGCCCCAUGGUGUGGUGUUUGUAAGAGAAUGAUGCCAUCUUACCAGCAGGCAGCCACAGAACUGAAGGGUAAAUAUGUUCUUGCGGGAAUGAAUGUUUACUCUGCUGAAUUUGAAAGGAUAAAGGAAGAAUACAAUGUCCGGGGAUAUCCUACAAUCUGCUAUUUUGAGAAAGGAAAGUUCCUGUUCCACUUUGAGAACUAUGGUGCUACCGCGGCGGAUAUAGCGGAGUGGCUGAAAAACCCACAGGCACCUCAGCCACAGGCUCCCGAGACUCCCUGGGCAGAUGAAGAAAAUGUAGUUUAUCACCUGACUGAUGAGGACUUCGACAAGUUUAUAAAAGAUCAUUCAUCUGUGCUAGUGAUGUUCCAUGCACCAU